AUGCCUUUUGCUAGCAAGCGACAAGCUGGCUACCUAACCUUUUCUUUCGUGGUACUCUUUCCUUUCGCGCGUAGCUUUUUGUUGACGCAGCCCAAGGUCCACGUUGCAAUGCAAACGGAAAGCACUGCGACUACUGACUGUGAGUUGAGUUUUUCAAAAUCGGACCAACCGGCGCCCCUGUAUAUUACGAUUGGACCACCCUGCGCCGGCAAGACUACCUGGCUGCAACAACAACAAAGACAAAGUCCGGACUACUCGCAAGUCUCCAUUGAUGAUGUGUCGCUGGAUGACCAGCCAGACACAUAUGUACCACUGAAUACGGAAUAUUUUCUCACCAACACAGCCAAUUCCUAUCCCGAAGAGCUACGUACGCACUGUAUUUGUGGCAAGUCUUUGGCGGAACGAAUCCAGGGAAAUGAUCAACGAGAGCUCCGAACCGUGCUUCAAAGAGUAGCGGGGAAUUUGACAGAAUCGGAAUUUCGCAAUGCCAUCAUCGGCAAUAUCGUGGGGAUGGAUCACUGCGAAUCUACUACAUCGAAAUCUGUACAAACCUUACUAGUCAACGCAGUGGAACGCUGUAUGCAGGACCAGACUAUGGUGGCACUGCUGCCACAGACGGUAGACCUUUUUGUGCGGGAGCGCAUAUUCCGACGUGACGGAACCCACUCUACAACUGGACUGGAAUCGUCUGAAAAAGCGCUAUACGCAUGCCCAAUCGACCGACCAGUGGCAUGGGGCAACACCAACACGCGGCCGAGUGACUACCGGAUGGCUCUCGUUAUGGCAGCCUCCACCCGCCGACCUGUCCGCUUUGUAGUCUACAGUGACAAAAAGGCGCGACUCCGUGUUCUGAACAAUUCAGAAAUGGACCUGGCGGACAAGGUUCCGCAAGAACUUUUUGGGCUUCAGGCAACACUGCCAGAGCUCAUAGAUCGGAACGUGAAUCGAUUGCUGACCUCUGGUCGGUACGUUCCCGUGUCGGUAAUUCGCGACAUGCACGAGCGGUCUUUAGAGCUGUUACAGAAAGUGGUACACGGGUGGAACUCACUUUCAAGAAAUCACAGUAACAACUCGAAGCUGACGGCGUUCGAUUUGGAUCGGGGUUUGGCCCGACUGGUAGACUUUGACCUUUUGGCCGAUCGAACCGUGGUUGACUUGCGAACCGUCAAUCAACCGCCGCAGCAGCAGCAACAACAUCAAGGAAACAACCUCCGACGUUCUUCGUCGCCCCGGCCUCUUCACUUGUCUGCUCGAGAUGCAGGCAGUCGGAAACGUAGCAGUUUUGAUCCACGGUCUCGUCGUCAACCGCCAGAGCCCGUACGGAAUGGCGCAACUCAUUCCAGAGGAACGCGGACGGAUACGCCACUCACCAGACCGGUCGACGGAGAAAAGUACGGACCGCGAAGUCAAGGGAGCGAUGCGAACCUGGCGCAAGGCAAAAGAAGUUAUGGCGGCUACAAUCGUGGCUCUCCUGCGAACAGCAACCAUGCCGGACGACCGCCGCAAAAUCAGGGUGAUGGCGAACGCCCUCGAUUACACGACCAGCGACAGCCAUCUGCCAAUAACACCCGGCGAUCAACAUUUCCAAAUAAAACCAAUGGAGCACCGCCUAAGCGAAGACGGCGAGAGGAAUAG